UCAGACUCAAGUUUGUCAGAGUGGAUUCAACUUUCUUUUAAUCAUGCAAUUAACUAAUGGAAAUUGUGCCAGUGAUUUAACCCCAACAGAACAACAAUUACUCGCAAGGAUUCGACGUCGUAAAGCUGAAUUGUUGAAUGAAAUCAAACAGUUGAAAGAUGAGAUCGCCGUUGUUACAUCUGAGAUGGCUAAACUUGAAUCUCAAGAUGAGGCUAAAAUAACCACCCGACAAAAGCAACUGUGUAUUGGUAAAAAAAGGUUCAACAUGGAUCCAAAGAAAGGAAUUGAAUAUCUUAUUGAAAAUAGUUUACUUAAAAAUACUGCUGAAGAUGUUGCCUCGUUUCUCUUUAAAGGUGAAGGUUUAAAUAAAACCUCCAUUGGUGAAUAUCUUGGUGAAAAGGUUGAUUUUAACCUGAAAGUUUUAGAUGCUUUUAUUAACUUACAUGAUUUUACCAAUCUACUUCUGGUCCAAGCAUUGAGACAAUUUCUUUGGAGUUUCAGAUUACCUGGAGAAGCUCAAAAGAUUGAUCGUAUGAUGGAAAAAUUUGCUGCUCGUUAUUGCCAACAAAAUCCUGGUGUUUUCUCAACUUCUGAUACCUGUUAUGUUCUUAGUUUCGCUAUAAUCAUGUUAAACACUGCUCUUCACAAUCCAAAUGUCAAAGAAAAACCCACAGUGGAUAAUUUUAUCUCCAUGAAUCGAGGAAUCAACAAUGGUAAAGAUUUAUCCAGAGAAUUGUUAAUAUCUCUAUAUGAGAGUAUAAAACAAGAGCCAUUCAAAAUUCCAGAAAAUGAUGCCAACGAUCUCAUGAAUACAGUUGUAUUCAAUCCAGAUAAAGAAGGUUGGCUUUGGAAACAAGGAGGAAGAUAUAAAACCUGGAAACGUCGUUGGUUCAUUUUAAAUGAUAAAUGUCUCUACUAUUUUGAAUAUACAACAGAUAAAGAGCCUCGAGGUAUCAUUCCUUUGGAAAAUGUUCAAGUUCGUGAGAUUCAAGACAGAGGGAAACCCAAUUGUUUUGAAUUAUAUUCAGCUCUUGGACAAAAUGAAGUAAUCAAAGCCUGUAAAACGGAUAGUGAGGGACGAGUAAUGGAGGGUAGGCACACAGUCUACCGAAUGUCCACCGCAACCAAGGAGGAGAAAGAUAUUUGGGUUAAAUGUAUACGACAGAGUAUUAGUCACAAUCCUUAUUUUGAUAUGUUAGCUGCCCGUAAAAAGAAAGCGCAAUAUCAUUAGAAAGAGAGAUGAAGAAAAAGUAUAAAAUAGGAAAAAAAAAUACUUCACCUAAUCUGUGGUACAUGUUAAAGUAAAGAGGAAAAAAAAUCAUGUAUGAAUAUAUAUUUGUAUAUAUGAGUGUGUAUAUAUUAUAUCUAAAUGAUGAAAUAUAUUACUAUAAAUGGAAAGAUUGAGAAACGAGAGGAAGAUGAUGAUGAAAGCAAAGAUUUCGAAGUAAACAAAAUAUUGCUAAAGAAACAGUUCAUAUCUUUUAAUUGUGAAAAUCGAUUAUGUUUGUGAGAGAGAAAAAAUCACUUUUCUUUUUUUAUAUAUUAUUUUUGCAAACACCACUUUGGAAAAUAUCAACGGAUGGAAAAUCGUCAUCAUUAUCAUCACCUCCUCCUCCUCCUCCUACACCAGGAACACCACCUCUUCCUUCAAUAACAAUCAUCCUCUUGAUAACUAUUUAGUCAUCAAACUAAUCUCACUUGAACUACUAUUCCAUAUGAAACCAUUUCAAUUCAAGAUUGGAAAGCAAAGGAGAGGCAAAUGAUGAUUAAGGGAAAAAGAGUUUUUUGUCAAGAGGAAGUGAAAUCAUCAUCCACACCAUCACCUACAACAACAACAACAAUAACAACAACCUCGUCAUCAUUAUAAUCAUCCAAUAAUGUAUAUACUAUAUAUUUAUAGUUGUAAAAGAGAAAGAGAGAGAGAGGGAGAGACUUACAGGAGAUGAUGAAAAGACGUUUUCAAGUGAAAAUUGUGAGAGAGGUUAAACUGAAAACAAGGAAAAAUAUUUGCGAGACUGUACUUUGUGUGAAAGUUUUGCCUACUGAAUUGUGAUGCAAAAAUAAACCCUAAUAAUUGCAAAAACAAAACAUUUGUUACUCUCUCACUCUCUCUCUCUCUUCCUCUCUCUCCACGAUUAUCUUCCACCAUCUCUCUUAACCCUCCGUGUAAAUGUUGGGAAAAUUUAUCUUAAAUUUCACACAACAGUUGAUUGUUCAGCAAGAUUUGCUUUUAAUCAUUCUAA